CGGCCGACAGCUGGGACGCGCCUCCCGCCAGGCGCCUCUGACCUCAGGUGCCUGCUCCGGCCUCGGGGGGAGGGGCGAUCAGGGGGUCGCUCGCCCCUCCCCGGCCGCGCCGAGGGCCAAUGGCGAGUGGCGCAAAAGUGGCGCCGGACCCGCGGCGCGUCCGGGGAGCCUCGCGCCCUCCGCACGGGCCGGCUUGCCCUGCUCCGGCGGCCUCGCAGCGCCCCUCCCCGCUUUUGUGUGGCCGUCUGUCGGCGCGCGCCAGCCCCCGCUCUGUGUCCGGGCGCGGCCGGAGAGGAGAAAGGGGCCGGCCGCACCAGGGAAGCCAUUCGGCCCGUGGAGCGCGGGGUGCGCGCGGCUGGCCGGCCGGAUAGGGCGAUGCCCGAAGAGUCCGCGGUUGCUUGCUGCUAAAUGGCGCCCCGCCGGAGCCUUGACCUCGCCACCGCCGCCGCCCUCCUCCUGCUGGCCGCCCUCCCAGGGAUAAGGAGCUUUAGUGAACUGUUUUUUGUGAAAGAGCCUCAAGAUGUGACUGUUGCCGGAAAGCAAGCCGUGGUUUUUGACUGCCUAGCACGUGGUGAGGUCCCCAUCACCAUCACAUGGCUCAGAAAUGGGGUUAAAGUUUCUGAAAAUGAACAGAUCCACUCUCUGUCCAAUGGCUCUUUAUACAUCUGUGAGCUGGAGAGCAGCAAGCCAGGCGAAAGGCUGGAUGAAGGAGUCUAUCAGUGCUUGGCCCUGAAUAAACACGGCGCUGUUCUCAGCCAGAAAGCGCAUCUCACGUUUGCAACCCUCUCUGCUUUUGAAGUCCAGCCUCUCCCCACGGAGGUCCAGGAAGGGGGUGUGGCUAGAUUUGCCUGCAAAAUCCCGGCCCAUCCUCCAGCCAUCAUCACCUGGGAGGUGAAUGGGACAGCACUGCUAAUGGAGAUGGACAGGAUAACUGUGCUGCCAUCUGGAGUGCUACAGAUCUAUAGUGUUGAGCAAAAAGAUGCAGGGAGUUACCGUUGUGUUGCUACAACAGUUGUUGGCCGGCGGAGGAGUGGCGAGGCAACACUCACUGUUGUUCCAGCUACCAAUACAAAGCUCUUCCAUAAGCCGUCCAUUAUAGCUGGUCCCCAAAAUAUGACAGCUUCUCUCCACCAAACAGUCAUUUUUGAAUGUGUGGCCAUCGGGAAUCCAAAACCAAUUGUGUCCUGGAGUCGCCUUGACCACAAGUCCAUUGAUGUUUUCAACACACGAGUGCUUGGAAAUGGGAACCUCAUGAUCUCGGAUGUGAAGGUACAACAUUCUGGUGUGUACAUUUGCCGUGCUACAAUCCCUGGCACACGCAACUUCACCACUGCAGUGGCAACACUACUGGUGCUAGCCCCCCCUGCUUUUGUGGAGUGGCCAGAAAGCUUGACCAGGCCCCGAGCUGGCACAGCCCGUUUUGCCUGCCAGGCAGAAGGCAUUCCAACACCCAAGAUAUCCUGGCUGAAGAAUGGCCGGAAAAUCCAUUCCAACGGCAGAAUCAAGACCUACAGCAGUAAAUUGGUUAUCAACCAGAUCAUCCCUGAAGAUGAUGCCAUCUACCAAUGUAUGGCCGAGAACAGCCAGGGCUCUGUCCUUGCCAGGGCACGCCUGACAGUGGUUCUCUCUGAAGACCGGCCCAGCGCGCCUUGCAGUGUCCAUGCAGAAACCGUGUCGAGCUCAGCCAUUCUCUUGGCCUGGGAGAGGCCACUGUAUAAUUCUGACAAAGUGAUUGCCUACUCAGUGCACUAUAUGAAGGCGGAAGGCUUAAACAAUGAAGAAUACCAAGUGGUGAUUGGAAAUGAUACUACCCAUUAUAUUAUUGAUGAUUUGGACCCUGCCAGCAACUACACCUUCUACGUCGUGGCCUAUAUGCCCCUGGGGGCCAGCCAGAUGUCUGACCACGUCACUCGCCAUACAUUGGAAGACGCAUGCAGCCUCCCUCAGGCCCUUGGAGCGGCUGACUCUGUCUUCCAUCUUUCCUCCUCCUUAGUCCCGCUGAGAGCUCCUGAGCUCAGCCUGACCAGCAGAAGCCCCUCUGACAUCCUCAUCACCUGGCUGCCCAUCCCGGCCAAGUACCGGCGAGGGGAGCUGGUGGCUUUCCGCCUCUCCUUCCGUCUCAGCACGGAGAGCAGCAUCCAGGCACUGGAGCUCCCAGGAAGCACCUACGAAUACCUGCUCCGGGGGCUGAAGCCCGACAGCAUCUACUUGGCUCGUAUUUCUGCUGCCACAAAAGUUGGUUGGGGCGAGGCCUCUCUGUGGACUUCCCAUCGCACCCCAAAAGCCACCAGUGUCAAAGUACCAAAGUCUCCUGAAUUGCGCCUGGAACCUCUGAAUUGCACAACAAUCACUGUGAGGUGGCAGCAAGAGCUUGCAGAUGGUGCUGCCAUCCAAGGCUACAAGCUGUACUAUAAGGAAGAAGGCCAGCAAGAGAAUGGGCCAAUUCUGCUGAGGGCCAGGGACUCCAUCUACACCAUCAGCGGCCUGGACCCCAGAAGGAAGUACCAUGUCAGGCUGCUGGCAUACAACAGCAUGGAGGAAGGCUACGAGGCAGACCAGACCGUUAGCACCCCCAGCUGCGUAUCUGUGCGGGACCGUCUGGUGCCACCCCCUCCGCCACCCCACCACCUUUACGCCAAAGCAAACUCUUCCUCCUCCAUCUUCUUGCAUUGGGGUCGGCCUGCCUUCACUUCAGCACAGGUCAUCAACUACACUCUCCGCUGUCACCCGGUGGGGCUGCAGAAUGCUUCUUUGGUGCUCUAUCUUCAAACGUCAGAGACUCACUUGAUGGUCCAAGAACUGGAGCCAAAUACCAAGUAUGAGUUUGCCGUUCGGCUCCAUGUGGAUCAGCUCUCCAGCCCAUGGAGUCCAGUGGUUUACCACACCACCCUCCCAGAAGCCCCAGAGGGUCCACCUGUAGAAGUGAAGGCGACAAUGAUUGAGGAAGAUACAGCCUUGGUCUCCUGGAAGCCACCAGCUGGCAUUGGAACCCUUGUCUCCCGAUACACCAUUCUGUAUGCCUCCAGGAAAGCUUGGAUCGCAGGCGAGUGGCAAGUCCUUCAUCGGGAAGGAACAAUAACCAUGGCUUUAUUAGAGAACCUCAGGGUGGGAAGUGUCUACCUCAUCAAAAUUGCUGCAUCCAACGAAGCGGGCGAAGGGCCUUUUUCUAGCGCAUUGGAACUCGUGGUCCUGCCAAAGGAGCCCUCAGAGGCAAACCAAAGACCGAAACGCCUGGAUUCCUCAGAGGCCGACACAACUCAUUCUGGCUCUUACCAGUUGGACCAGAAGUCAAUGACGGGCAUAAUUGCAGGUGUCUCCAUAGCCCUGGUAUGCAUCUUAGUCUGCAUUCUUGUCCUGAUCUACCAUGGCAAAGUGAGGAAAGCAACCCCUUUCAAAAGCAGCCAGCCCAGCCCUGAUCCACUCCCUUGCAGCGGUAGCCAUUCUUCUACGCGGAACCGUGAGGGAGCCAAAACUCUGCAAAGCCUGGCAGAAAAUGAGCGAUCACUCUUGCCCAGGAUUGCAGGGGGCAGCUUUCUGGAUACCAAGGGUGGAACUGACCUUAUUAUAAACCGCUUUGGUCCAGUCACGAAGAAGAGCACCCAGAGGAAACAGCUCUUCCUCCAUGGCUCUCGGAAGGAGAAAGCAGAGGAGGCCCCGAGGCAGCUGGCUGCAGCAGCCUUCCUGUACCAGUCAGGGGCAGCCAUGCUCAUUGGUCAAGAGCAGCAGCCAAGUGCCCAAGUGAUCUGCAGCCUGGGAACCGACACAGAGCAUUCAGCCAACAGCCAAGGCAGCCACGAGACUGGGGAUUCGGGAAGGUUCUCCCACGAGUCCAAUGAGGAGCUGCAUCCCCCUCCUGCCUUUGGGGCUGCAGAUUCCUUCCCAGGCAGCGACUCACACCUGACAGCCAGAUGUCCUGUUCCUAGGCCUCUGCAGGUGCCGCUGGCUGGCAGUGGCAAUGAGUCAUCUUGCGGGGAACAAUGAACUGGGAGGCCAAGCUUUCCGUGGGAUGCCCAAGGACUAGCAGGCAACCCGUGUUUCUUUGUAUUUUCCUUCCCUAGUGAAUGUCCAGUGUGCAAAAAUGUGAAAGGAGAGCAGGGCGGCUCUCCUCUCUGUCACUGGAGCAAAGGUGACCCCUUUGCUUGGAUAUCUACCUCAGCUUGCCAGAGCAGAUGCCAAAGGAAGCAACCACACUACCUCACUGUCUGGAAGCAUUGCUCGUGGCUGCAUGACUGGUGAUGGUUUCCUGGCAGCCCCAAGUCCUUUCCCUGAAUGUAUGGAUAGCGAGCGUGUGUCCCUGUGAGCCAAGGAGUUGUGCUGGGAAGCAUAGGGGGUUGCCCCACUGGCCUCUGGAGGAGCAAUCUCCAAAAGAGGGCCACUUCAGGGGCCAGCGGGGCAGAGGCUGCAGGCAGCCCUGGGGCCCUCCAGGGGCCACCCCAGUCUCAGGGUCCCACCUGCCUUGUCAGUGCCUUCUGGGGUCCACAGUGGGGAGACAGGGAGGCUUUCCACCUGUGCUGUGUUCCCUUGGCCAGAUGAUUCCCCCAAGUGUCCUGGUGAUAAUGGUGCCUUCCAUUAGAUCAGUGGUUCUCAACCUUUCUAAUGCCGCGACCCCAUAAUACAGUUCCCCAUGUUGUGGUGACCCCCAACCACUUAUAUAUCACCAGGUGCCAGGGGCGUGGCCAAAGAAAAGGGGAAAAAAUGGCAGACAGCCUUGUUUGGCGACCCCCGUGAAAUGGUCAUUCGACCCCAAAUGGGGUCUCGACCCACAGGUUGAGAACCACUGCAUUAGAUAGUUUUGAACUCACUGCUUGCCUUAUGAAGUUUCUCUGGAGGCCAGAACGAGGCCUUACAUGUGCUCUGCAGGUCAGCUUGGGGUCCCCCAUUUGUUUUCCUGGCUGGUCCUGAGCAUCAGAACCCAUAAGCCUGGGACAAGAGCCCCUCUCCCCUUUUUGUUCCCACACAGCUCCUGUUUUAUACUACCUCCUUUUAAAGUUAUUAUAGUGUUAUUGUUUUCCUGUG